AUGACUGUUGGAGCUGAUGGAAGUGGUGGCGAUGGUGCUGGUGGCAAUGGUGCUGGUGAUAGCUUUGGUUCGAGUGGCUUGUCUUCUGGCCUUGACUACUGCGAGUUCUCAAACGCUAAGUUAAACUACAUCAAGAGUCUCAACACACUAAUCAAAGACAUUGUAAACAAUGAAAGCUUGACAGAAAAAAAUGCAGACAACGAGAUGAUCGUGGAAAACAUAAAGAACAUCGAGGACAACAUCAAGGAUUACUACGACAAGUUGAUCAAAGAGCCUAGGUACUUGGUGCAGAUCAUAAACCAGCUCAAUGAGUUUUUCUCCAACUUGAAGUUCACAUACUUGGAACAGUAUACCAAGGACAAGUUUCUAAGCUACAUCUUUGACUCCAAGUUUAUUACGAUAGAGGAUUUGAACAACAAAGUGAUUGAAAUUGGAAAGUUCAAAGAGGUGUUGAACGAGAAAAAAAGUAAGAGAGACGAUUUGUUCGUGGAGAUAAAUCAGAUUCUCAGAAAAACCGACACAAAAUAUAAAGAGAUCAACCAAACUAGCCAGUCGAAUAAAAAUUUGAGUGCGCAGAAUGACAAGUUGUUGCUACAGAUAGAUGUGGUAUCUAAAAAGUUACACACAAUACACAGCAACGGUGGUGAUGGAAACCAUGAUAACAGACAGAUCUUUAAAAGAAGAUUGGAUGAGUUUGACGAUUAUUCUAAUGAGGUGUCGAAGCAUUUGACUAGUUUAUUGGAUGAAAAGAAAUACAGUGAAGGCAACAUAAAUCAUUUGGAUAUUAUCAAAAAUCUAGACUACACCAAUACGAACAACGACAUGAACGAAUUCUUGGUGCUAAACUCCAAGCCCAUUUUGAACCGAAUCAUCAAAAAGAGAAAGAUGAUGAAUAGCGACUUGGAGCUCAAGUACAGCAACCAAUACUUGAAUAGCUACAACCAGCUACAUACAUCAUUGUCAAACUUAAACAGCAUCGAAAAAAAAUUGCUAGUUAGAAAGAAAANUUUAAUCGACUCCAUAGAUCAAUCAAACAAUCAACAGUUGAAAAAUAAACAAAAACACGAUAGUAACAAGAUGAUAAUAAAUGACAAAAACAGAGAAAUCUUGUCUCAAUACCUCUCAAGCGAGUUAAAUCUAAUGAAAAUUCUUUGCAACAACCCAAACUAAUAUACUAUAUCCCAUGAACA